AGCGUCGGCGCAGUGCAAUACGAAGAGGAACAGAGAAACGAAAGCAUGAAGGUGUUUCUGUGCAUGGUUCUCGCGGUCGCGUGUUUCGCGCCGCCGAGCAUCGCGAUCGAUUGUGGUAAUAACAGAUGCUCGCGGUCGGGCCGCCGUCAAACGUUGUGCAAGUAUCCGAAUUCGUCUCCAGCACCAAGCUGUGGUCAAGUGUUAGUGGUCGGUUUAACGGAUGCAGAAAGGAAGGGAAUCGUCAAUCUGCACAAUUUUCUACGACUAUACGUAGCUGCUGGUAAGGAAACGAGAGGAAAUCCUGGACCACAGCCUGCGGCUAGGAACAUGCAGACCAUGUCGUGGGACAGCGAGCUGGAGCAAGUGGCGCAGAGGUGGGCGAACCAAUGCAGCUUCGGUCACGACGAAUGCAGGGACGUUGAGCGUUAUGGUGUUGGACAAAAUGUUGCGCAGACUAGCACCACAGGUCAGCAAAACAGCAAGCCGACUGAUCUCGUCAUGAUGUGGUACAACGAGGUGAAGAACUUUGACAGGAACGAAGUGAACAGAUUAACGACCAACAACUUCUCUAAAGUGGGUCAUUACACUCAAUUAGUCUGGGCAAAUUCGAAUAAGAUCGGUUGCGGUAAGAUCAUUUUCAAGUCUGGUCAAUGGAACAACUUUUAUUUAGUCUGCAAUUACGGUCCCACUGGCAACUACAUCGGCCAACCGCUCUAUGAAAGAGCUUAGAGGUUUUCACUAUUCCGAAUCUGGCUCGUUGAACUUUAACCUCUCCUCGCGAGGGAUGCAAAUAAUGUAUAACAAAUCGUACAAGUAUUAAAUAAUCAAUUUUAUGAUCGUAAUAAGU